AUGGAAUCUAUGAAUUUGGGGCAUGUAUCACGUAAAUCAACUGAAGUUGUAUAUAAGGGAAUAGAAUUCAAGCUCGUUGUAUCUGUACUUACAUAUGGUGAGCAGAAAUAUGCUAUGAAGUUAUCACUAACUUCGUUUUCACCACCUGAUAUUGCUGCUAAGCUUGGUGGUCCAUGGGAAGGUAUUUACACUUGGAAUUCACUAAAGAAAAGUUUUGGAAAGUUUGUAAAUUCGAAAUAUACCAUGCUUGAUUUUGCUGAUAUAGUCCUCAAAGUAUCAAGUUGUGUUGAUGAAAAUGGAGAAAAUAAAUUGAUGGAAUUAGUGAAAUGCUCGAAUGACUUUAAAGAUCGAAGUAACUCUGCUAGUAUAAUUAAUAAUAUUGAGUUUCACCCUAAUGAUUAUUUUUUGAUAAUGAGAAUAUUUGAAUCAGGUAUUGUAUAUCCAUUUCACUUAAAGUCUUUAUAUUUAAAUAGGCAUAGAUCAAAUGUAUCUGAAGACCUAAAUGACUUAGUAAAACUAUUACAACUAGAAAAUAGUAUGCUGGAGACAAGUAUUGCAAGUCUAAAUAGUGAAAUUGAGGAAAAAUUGCAAUUUGAUGGAAGUAAAGUUCAAUGCUCUUGUAUACAUAGAGGGCUUUCUGAUAAUACAAAAGAAGAUACCCAAGUAGAUGUUAUUAUUAAUGAAGAUAAUAAAGAUAAGUCUAACAUAGAGGAAAUUAAAAUAAUAGAUAAUAAAACCGAUCAGAAUACUGAAGUUAUGGGAAACUUGCAAUUUAAUGAAAGAUCAAUCCAAGACAAGAUGGUGCAGUGUGAAUACGAUACACUAACUGAUGGAGUCAGUAGUACUAAACACGAUAAUUUCGCUUUCAAUAGAAAGUUGGAUAACUUUGAAGAGGAAAAUAAAGAUAUAUCUUUCUUUAGAAGUGAUCAAACUUUAGAUAAAGAGAUAUUGACAGAAAUAUCAGUGCCUCAGAACCUUGACAGAUCAGCAUUUCUUGAUUCUCCAUUAUCUCGUAAUACUUUUAAUAUAUCUGAACUAAGAGGAAAUGAAAAAUAUAGGGACAGUACUAGUAAUACUACAAAUUUUAAUGGCAAUUUAUACAACAAAAUAUAUCGUAAUAGACCCUUUUCAGGUGGAAAUUAUUCUUCAAGAACUAGUAUAGAUAAACCUAAAAGCUAUAAUAGAAAAAUAACUCCGUUAUUAAUUGAAUCUAAACGUAUUAUUGACUUAUGCAAUGAUACUGCAGUAUAUGGAACGAAACCUUCAACUAUUCGCUCAACAUUAGCCACUAUCAGACGUGUUCAAAAUGAACUUGAUAUUAUAGAUGGAGUCCCACUACAGAGUAUUGGCAAAUCUUCAACAAAGUCGUAUUCUGAAAAGAAACUUAAACACAAUGAUAAAUAUUUUGAAUUAAAUAUGAAAAAUGAAAACAUUCGAUCUCCAUUAAGAAAUAAUACACCUCAACCUAUAAUGUCAAAGGAAGAGUUAAUUAAUGAAUUAUCUAAAACUAAUGAUAUCAGCCAAAGAAUUAAUAUAUUAAAAGAUAUUAUUAGAACUACGAAAAGAAAUAGUAAUAAUUCACAGUUAUUUUAA